AGAAAAACGCGCGCCUCGGCAAACAGUAGUAUCCUCUCAGAGCUCCAAGCGCAUGGAGCGACGCACCACUCUGUGAGAAACAGAUCAGCCAUGAGCCAGCCAAGUUCCCCAUCCUCAAGAUCCACGCCGAAACUCCCCCAGACCCCAACAAAGUCUUUCUGACCAUGAAGAGGCAAAACGUGAGGACCCUUGCCCUGAUUAUAUGCACGUUCACCUACCUGAUAGUCGGCGCGGCGAUUUUCGAUGUGUUGGAAUCCGAAAAGGAGACGAGCACGAGGACAGAGCUGGACCAGACGAAAAGUGAACUUCUCAAGACCUACAACCUGUCCAAGGACGCCUUCGACCAGCUGGAGAGGGUGGUGCUGCAGCUGAAGCCACACAAAGCUGGGGUGCAGUGGAAAUUCGCCGGGUCUUUUUACUUCGCUAUCACGGUCAUCACAACUAUAGGCUACGGCCAUGCUGCACCCAGCACCGACAGCGGGAAGGCGUUCUGCAUGGCCUACGCCCUGCUGGGCAUCCCCCUCACCCUGGUCAUGUUCCAGAGCCUGGGCGAGCGCAUCAACACCCUGGUCCGCUACCUCCUGCACCGCCUCAAGAAGUGCAUGGGCAUGCGGCGUACGGAGGUGUCCAUGGUCAACAUGGUGAUCAUCGGCUUCGUGUCCUGCAUGAGCACCCUGUGCGUGGGCGCCCUGGCCUUCUCGCAGUUCGAGGGCUGGAGCUUCUUCCACGCCUACUACUACUGCUUCAUCACGCUCACCACCAUCGGCUUCGGCGACUACGUGGCCCUGCAGAAGGACGAGGCGCUGCAGAAGAAGCCCGAGUACGUGGCCUUCAGCUUCAUCUACAUCCUCACGGGCCUGACGGUCAUCGGGGCCUUCCUCAACCUGGUGGUGCUGCGCUUCAUGACCAUGAACGCCGAGGACGAGCGGCGCGACGCCGAGCAGCGGGCGCUCCUGGCCGCCGUCAACGGCCAGGCGGGCGAGCGGCUCCACUGCGUGGUGGACGGCGCCUCCUGCUCCUCCACGCCGUCCGGUUGCGCCGGGGGCAGCGGCGGGGGGGGCGGCGGCGGCGGCAUGGGGAGCAGCAGCGGCGGGCCGGCGAGCCGGGGUCUGCGGAACAUGUACGCGGAGGUGCUCCACUUCCAGUCCAUGUGCUCCUGCCUGUGGUACAAGAGCAGGGAGAAGCUGCAGUACUCCAUCCCUAUGAUCAUCCCCCGGGACCUGUCCUCGUCGGACGCCUACAUGGAGCAGGGCGAGGCCUUCUCAAACCCCCUGCACUCCAACGGGUGCGUGUGCAGCAUGCACCAGCACUCGGGCAUCAGCUCUGUGUCCACGGGGCUGCACAGCAUCAACACCUACAGGGGACUCACCAAGCGCCGCAGCUCCAUCUAGGAGGCCUGGAGGUCCAUUGAUGUCUGGCUGUGGUCCACCACGUUGAAGUCUCAGGCUGGUUUUAAAGCGCCGGGACGAUGUACCAAUAGAUCCAGCCAGGGCUACUGGGUUUGGGGGGCGUGCUGCUUGCGAAAGCACAGCACUGGUUAUCAAAGGGACCCAGUGGAUGAGACGUUUGCCUCUCUCUGGUAGCAUGGAGUCAGGGCACCUGCUGCCGUACACUGCACUACAAUGAUGCCGCCAGACUUUUGACGAUAUCCAUUGGCUCAUAGGCACGUACCCUUCUGUGCAACUGUGGUUACUGAGCGUGAACUGGUUGAUUAUCUCCGCUGGUUGCUGAGAAAAGUAUGUGCAUUUAUGGCUCAAUAUCUGAAGGCAGGGAAUAACAAGGUUCUGCACCUGAACUAGAUACAAAAUAAUAUUCCAAAAAAUAUAAAGACACUACACUGUGAGACAAAAUAUUCACUGACAGAGGGACAUAUAUAUAUAUAUAUAUAGUAUAUAUAGAGCAUAUAUAUACACACCUUUUUUAUUUGACCAAUUUGUUGGUGAAAUCCUUUUUUCCAAAAAUCCUAAUUAUUAUUCUUAACGAUUCUACUUACAACCAUGAAGUGAGAGAUAUAUAUAUAUAUAUCUAUAUAUAGAUAUAUAUAUAUAUAUAUAUGCUACCAUUUCCAAAUAAAUGAAUCUAUAAAUAGCAGCUGUGUACUAUCUAUCUCUUCAUCUGUGUUUUAAAGAUCAGUUUGAAAUCAAAUUAUUUUAAGCUCUUUUGUUACUCAAGAGAUACAAUUUGGAAAUAUGACGUGGACAAUCAUUUCAAUAAAAUCGGUCGGAUAUUGAAUAAAUUGACUUGGUGAAGGACAUUUAAAAAAAGAGACAAGGAAUUCUCAAUGUUAUAUUUGUACAGACCUUUCCAAGGACAUCUUCUGUAAAUGUUUCUGUCUCUAUAUGAAAUUGUUUGUAAUUUGCGCCACUGUUUGUCAUCAUUUUCAUAUUACACAGCUACAUUCAAAUAGUUUAACAGGGCAUGUGGCUCACUUUGUGAACUUCAGUCUUAUCUUUUCACUGCUGCACUUUAAAGUUGUCGUACAACCAUGAAUGCAUUGGAAUAUCAAUGCAAGAGAAAAUGAACACAUUUUUUUCAGGUUUCUUUUGUUGAUUUUAUGUGUUUCAUGUAACUUUUGUUGUUGUUGUUGUUAUAAAUGGCAUGUGCCCCAAACUGAAUUCUUUAUCUUGUGUUUGUCCCUCUCAGUUGUCUUAACUAAAUCAUGAAUGACCUGAGAGUUAGUACAGAAGCAUACCUCAGUAAUAAGAAUACACCCAUAAUGGCACACAUUUUAUGCAUCAGCUUUUGCUCUGGUAUUUUAUGAAACGGUUUUCCGUACAUGAAUGAAGAAAGGUGUAGAAAUAUGUUCAAGGGAUUAUUGAAGGAGAGAUGAUGUGGGAAUAUUUUUGAAAAUAUCUGUCCACUUUAUUUAAAAGAAAUGCAAUACACCUCAAUUUAAAACCACACCUUCAGUCA